CCAUCACGUUGGCUCAACUGCGUGUGCAUAACAUAUCAUGGCUGAACUGGCUCGACGAGUCGCAGCCAGCUCGCCGUGAUUUCGGCCCGAUUCCCAUGAGUCUGCCGACCUGUCAGCUUCCGUAGAGGACGAUCGACGUCCGCGUAGCGUUGCAGCGUCCACUCGCGCUGAGAAAGCGCCUCCAGUGCGCCCCGGGGCGCUGUCCGCCCCCAGUGCACCGUAAUGGACUUCUGGCUCUUGUCAUUUGCUGGCGAUUCACACCUCGUCCUUGAGUCGCCGUCAGUUUAAUUGUGAUGAGCAGCGAAGGAAAUCCGCCUAUCGUGGCGUCCUGCGAGCAGGGUCCUGCGUCUGACGCCCUCCCAAACGUUCACGGCAGGACAUGUCCAACGAGACGCGGCCCAAACUCGCAUCAGCGCAAUCUUAGUCUUGACUUUCGGCCUAUGAAAAUCACGCUUCCACCGGUGGCCCAGGUUACGGCCGGGACAACUGUGGCCGCUCUGGCCGCCACCACGCAGCACCACAGACACCGCAGUCUCGACCUUGACUUGCACAGAAUUCCUGAGGUCGAUGUCACUCCCAGCCCUGAGCAGCAGUGCAGCAAGGCGAAGCUGCUGCCCAUCGCCAAAAGCAGCAAGUUAAAGGAGGACAUCACUAGUCUCGGCUCGGACGACUCUGGAAUUUGCGGGUCCGACUCAAGCGCCGAGACUCGGCCCAAAGGCAGCGAGGAAACCAUCGCCACUGAGGAGGUCAAGUCUGAGCCUGAAGAGGAGCAGCCAAAAGAAGUAGUCAUCAAACAGACUGUUGAGACUGCGGCGGCAGAACCUGCGGCCAAAGAAAAUUGUGUUCCUAAGAAGGACAACCUGCUGCGAUUCAUGGAGAGCAGCAUGUUUCAGGCCCCGCUGGCCAUCAGCUACCUGUUCACCACCAAGGAAAUUGGUGUUCAGACUUAUAUAGCCAACAAGUUAUUCACAUUUCCCGAGCAAGAGGUGGACUUCUAUCUGCCCCAGCUGAUUAGCAUGUACAUACACAUCCCUGAACUGGCCACUCUCAUCUUUCCUUAUCUCAAGCAAAGAUGUAUCAAAAGUGCUGAGUUUUCACUGCAAGUUGUAUGGCUCCUCAAGUCUUACUCGUCGGACGCGCACUUGACAAGCAAAAAGAAAAGUGACGGCACGAAACUCAAAACGCUGAUUCUCUCCGACAAACUGCGUCCAAGAAGCUUCCACGAUCGCGAGGUCGUAAAACAUCCGCUCACCGCUCCGUCGCCCAAUAAAAAGGCUCACCAACGUUCCCAGUCUGACGCCAGCGCUCUAAUUGUAGGACAGGCAUCUGCUGAAGCUGCAGAGAAUAGCUCGACGUGCCUUGGCGACCUGCGAAGUGGGCGCGCCUUCAACACUGGUUGUACCUGCUUCAACACCCACAGGGGAAUGGUCAACAACCUUAAGGGUCGCCAAACUAGUUGUAUUUGCAGUGCGCCACGUUUAGAAGGUGAGGUGCAGUUUGUGGACAAGCUGCUGGCCAUCGGCCACCUGCUUCCGGAAGUGAGCGGCGGCAAGGAGGCGCAGGCGAUCCGGCUGCGGGCCGAAAUCGACCAGAUCAACCUGAACCUGCCGGCGAGGGUGUGGUUGCCGAUCCACUCGAGCAGCAUCCCGCACCACGUGCUGCACAUCUCGACCGCCUUCUCAGCCGUGCUCAACAGCAAGGACAAGGCGCCGUUCAUCUUGUACGUGGAGGUGCUCGAGGUGGACAACAUCGAGACGUCACCGGUGCCGCAGAAGAUGCUCAAUGCGCUGAGGAGCACUAAGAGUGAGGAGAACCUGCUCACCAAUGAGCGGCCGUCGCCGUCCAAUACCAGCCAGAACCUGGCCACCAUGCUGCACUCUAACUCAAUGGGCAUGCUGUAUCCCUACGACAACGACGACUGCUGGACUCAGGAGGAUGACGAAAUCUCUCAGCAGUAUGUAAAUAAGAUGAAGACAGACCGGGACACGAUCAGUCAAAUAUCCCUGGAGAGUAGCGACUCGCGGGACAUGAUGGUGGCGGCUGGAGACAUUCGACGACGCCUCUCCUCGGCGUUCAGUGAUCCACGCACACUCGCCAGGAGAAGAGAUCCUGAGGACCCAUCAGCAAACGUUUUGAGUGAGCCCUGGAUGGACAAAGUGCAGCGAAUUAGGGACAGCUCUCCUUAUGGCCGGCUGGCCAACUGGAGGCUGCUGUCUGUGAUAAUUAAAUGUGGUGAUGACUUGCGGCAGGAAAUGCUGGCCGCCCAGAUGCUGGAAAUGCUGCAGAAUACGUGGAAGGACGAAAAGCUGGCUCUGCGUCUGCGACCCUACAAGAUCGUUUGUUUGUCUGCGGACAGCGGCUUCAUCGAGCCGGUGUUGAACUCCGUGUCUCUUCACCAGAUCAAGAAGCAGCACCAAAUGUCCCUUCUUGAGUACUUCCAUGCGAAUUUCGGCCCUCCCAACUCUGAGGAGUUUCUCGAGGCGCAGCAGAAUUUCGUCGCUUCCUGCGCUGCGUACUGUGUUGUCUGUUAUUUGUUACAAGUUAAGGAUAGGCAUAAUGGAAAUAUACUUUUGGAUGACAAGGGUCAUCUGAUACACAUCGACUUUGGUUUCAUACUUUCUACGUCGCCAAGAAACCUGGGGUUCGAGACUUCGCCUUUCAAACUGACCCAAGAGUUUGUGGACGUGAUGGGCGGCGAGGAGUCGGACAUGUUCCGCUACUUCAAACUGCUCAUUUUGCAAGGAUUGCUGGCAGCCAGGAAGCACAUGGACAACCUGCUCAUUUUAGUGGAAAUAAUGCGAUCAGGAUCACAACUUCCUUGCUUCAAGUCAGGGGCGGCGACUGUACAGGCGCUGAAGAACCGCUUCCACCUGACCUUGACGGAGGAGAAACUGGAGCGGCUGGUGGACAAGAUGGUGUGCAACAGCCUUGACUCGCUGAGCACCAACUUGUACGAUCGCUACCAGUACAUCACCAACGGCAUCCUCUAACAGCUAUCUGCCGCACCAAAGCAUUCCGUCCAAGGGACUCAUUACUACGAUUGAUUGGCUUGAUCUCUCCUCAUCUCUCUGCUAUCUGUUUUAUCAAUAAAAACUUUUUUAUCGAACGUCUCUGUUUUGCAAAGAAA